CUCAGGAGCUCCGCCCGGCGGCCAGUGCGAGCUCCGCGGCGGCCGAGUGACGUGUCCGGGCCGCGGGGCAGCCGCCGGGGCCCCGGCGGAGCGGGCCGUGCCGGGCGGCGGCCGCCUCGGAGCGUUUGGCGGCGGCUCCGGCCGCGGCGGAGGAGAGUUUUCCAGCCUGCUAAAGGUGCGGUGGAUAUACUAGAAUGGACACAGAGGAUUUCCCUCCGCCACCACCAGAAGUUCUAGAGCAUGAACCAAAAGCCGCGGGCCCGAAUGAUGAAGAGGAGGAUGAGGGAGAACAGUUUGAUUUUGAUAGUGGAGAUGAGAUACCAGAAGCAGACAGGCAAGCCCUUGUACCACCUAUUCCUGGUCCUGGAAAUUACAUAGAGCACCAAGAGGCUGGUGCUGCAGGAGCUGAAAAUUUAGAAAACACUGAGAAGCUGCAAACAUCAGAACCUGCUGCAGAAGGCACUCCAGCCAAAGUAAAUCCCUACUCAGUCAUAAAUAUUUCCCCAAUCCAAGAUAAGGAUCCAUCCUCAUCACCAGAACCAAGUCCCCAAGAUGAAUGUGCAAGUCCCAACCUGUCUGGUGGAUAUUCCGUUCCUGUGCCUUGUGGAUAUGCUGUGCCAUCCAACUUACCUUUGAUCAUGCCAGCAUACUGCAGUCCUGUCAUCAUACGCAGUGUUUCUGUAGAUGAAGAAGGUACACCAUCAACAACUGAAGAAUGUCAUUAUAAUUCUGUAAACUUGGAGGACCCUCAGAAUAGUGAAGAUAACCAGAGCAAGAAAGAGGAUGAUGCCCUGGCCAAAUGGGUUGCAGAUCCUGCAAAUACAGCAUGGAUGGAAAACCCGGAUGAGGUAAUUUAUGAUGACGUGCCAAGAGAAGACUCAGACUCUGAACCAGAGGAAAUGAUUUAUGAUGAUGUUGAAAAUGGUGAGGAUGGUGGAAACAGCUCACUGGAAUAUGGGUGGAGUUCAAGUGAGUUUGAAAGCUAUGAAGAACAGAGUGAUUCUGAGUGUAAAAAUGGAAUUCCCAGCUCCUUUUUGCGAGGCAACCACAAGAGACAUCUUUCUCAUGACCUAACGCGUUUAAAGGAGCAUUAUGAAAAAAAGAUGAAAGAUUUGAUGUCAAACACUGUGGGAGCAGUAGAGAUUCAGCAACUAAAGCAAAAACAUGAGCUGAAGAUGCAAAAGCUUAUGAGAGCUGCUAGAGAAGGUACCAAAGAUGGACUUGAAAAGACAAAAGCAGCUGUGAAGAAGGGUCGUUCCUUCAUUCGGACAAAAUCUUUCAUUUCUCAAGAUCAUAGAUCAUCUUGUCUGGAAGAAGAAGAGCUAAAUUUAUUUAUUGAUGUGGACUGUAUGCAUACAGAAGCAAUUAUGACUCCUAUGCCUGAAGGAUUAUCACAGCAGCAGGUUGUGAGAAGGUAUAUUUUGGGCUCUGUAGUUGACAGUGAGAAGAAUUACGUGGAUGCCCUCAAAAGAAUCCUGGAGCAAUAUGAGAAGCCCCUUUCAGAUAUGGAACCAAAAUUACUGAGUGAAAGAAAACUUAAAAUGGUCUUUUAUCGAAUUAAGGAAAUUCUGCAGUGCCAUUCAAUGUUUCAGAUUGCUCUGGCGAGUCGUGUAUCUGAGUGGGACUCUGUUGAAAUGAUCGGUGAUGUCUUUGUUGCUUCAUUUUCUAAAUCUAUGGUAUUGGAUGCAUACAGUGAAUAUGUAAACAACUUCAGUACAGCCGUUGGGAUUCUCAAGAAAUCUUGUGCCACCAAACCUGCCUUUUUAGACUUCUUAAAGCAAUGUCAGGAGUCAAGCCCUGAUCGCAUUACACUGUAUGGUUUAAUGAUGAAACCUAUCCAACGUUUUCCACAGUUCAUUCUGCUAUUGCAGGAUAUGUUGAAGAACACUAGUAAAGGACAUCCUGACAGAUUACCUCUACAGAUGGCUCUUACAGAACUUGAGACACUGGCAGAGAAGUUAAAUGAAAGGAAAAGGGAUGCAGAUCAGCGCUGUGAAAUAAAACAAAUAGCAAAAGCAAUGAAUGAACGUUACCUGAACAAGCUACUCAGCAGCGGAAACAGAUACCUCAUACGGACUGAUGAUAUGGUUGAGACAGUUUAUAAUGACAAAGGAGAAAUUAUCAAAACCAAAGAACGGCGACUUUUCAUGUUGAAUGAUGUGCUGAUGUGUGCAACAGUAAACAUUCGCUCUUCCUAUGAAAGCAGUGGCACCGUGACAACUGGCCAGAGGUAUUUACUGAAGUGGAGCGUACCGCUGGGACAAGUGGAUGUCAUAGAGUAUGGCAGCAGUGAGGGCCAAGGAGACAACUGCAGGUUCCCACCCCAGCUCCCUGCUGAAAAUGUCAUCAUUAACUCUAAGCCAAACAAGCUCUAUAUGGGACCAGGGCAACUGUACCAUGAUCUGCAGAACCUUUUACAUGACUUGAAUGUACUUGGUCAAAUUAGCCAAUUAAUAAGCAGCCUUAAAGGAAACUAUCAGAAUUUAAACCAAUCUGUAGCCCAUGACUGGACCUCAGGUUUACAAAAACUGAUUUUGAAAAAAGAAGAUGAAAUCAGAGCAGCAGAUCGCUGUAGAAUUCAGCUGCAACUCCCAGGAAAGCAGGACAAGUCUGGGCGGCCAACUUUCUUUACAGCUGUGUUCAAUACAUUUACCCCUGCCAUCAAACAGUCUUGGAUCAACAAUUUACAAAUGGCUAAACUGGCCCUUGCAGAGGAUAACCUCUUAGGUUGGUUCUGCAUAGAAGAUGAUGGGAAUCAAAUCAAAAAAGAAAAACAUCCUCUCCUUGUUAGACACAUGCCAGUGAUGGUGGCCAAGCAACAGGAGUUCAAGGUUGAAUGUGCUGCUUAUAAUCCUGAGCCAUACCUUGCUGGAGAAACAGAGUCAGAUUCCUGUGCUGUGGAACAUGGUUUUCUUUGGAUUGGCAGUUGUACAAAUCAGAUGGGCCAGGUUGCAAUAGUCUCGUUUCAAAGCUCCAGCCCCAAGGUUAUUGAGUGCUUCAAUGUGGAAUCACGGAUUCUCUGCAUGGUCUACAUACCAGAGGAGGAGAAGCUGAAAGAGCAAAACAAAGCUCCAGACUCUGAAAAUGUUCUUGCAAAAACUUCUAAUGUGCCUACUAUUUGCCUUGGCAUGGAAGAAGGAAGCAUUUCUAUUUACAAAAGUUGCCAAGGCUCAAAGAAAAUUCGACUUCAACACUUCUUCACUCCUGAAAAAUCAACUGUUAUGAGCUUAACAUACAGGUCUCAGUACUUGUUUGCUGGCUUGGUAAAUGGAAACGUCUCAAUCUACACAAAAGCAGAAGAUGGGACAUGGAACACAGAACCUCAGAAGAUAGUUAAAUUGGGUGUUCUACCUGUUAGAAGUCUGCUUGUGAUGGAGGAGACCAUUUGGGCUGCAUGUGGUGGACAAAUUUUUAUAAUCAGCACUGUGACGCAUUCCAUAGAGAACCAUUUUGAAGCCCAUCAAGAGGAAGGGAUGGUUAUCUCUCACAUGGCUGUGGCUGGAGUGGGAGUCUGGAUUGCCUUCACAUCAGGAUCUACCCUUCGACUGUUCCACACAGAGACACUGAAACACCUCCAGGAUGUUAACAUUGCCACACCUGUUCACAAUAUGUUGCCAGGGCAGCAGCGUGUCUCUGUGACCAGCCUCCUGGUGUGCCAUGGGCUACUGCUGGUUGGAACAAACCUGGGGAUUAUAGUAGCAUUGCCAGUGCCACGCUUGCAGGGGAUUCCCAAAGUAACUGGAAGAGGAAUGGUGUCAUACCAUGCACACAAUAGCCCAGUCAAGUUUCUUGUAACAGCUACAUCUAUAAACAAAAAGAACAGAAACAAAUUGAGAAACAGCCUCCCUCCUGGCUCAGAACCUAAGGACGAUGACCAAAAGAACAUUCUGCACAGUGAACGACCGGGCUCUUCCCUUAGUAACACCCAGGACACUGCAGUUUGGCUGGGGGAUUCAGCAGGGUCCAUUGCACAAAGAAGUGACUUGUCAUCAUCUUCUGGAUCCCUUACUUUGUCUCAUGGAUCAAGUUCCCUAGAACACAGACCAGAGGACAGUAACAUUUAUGAGCUUCUGAAGGAUCAAAAUAUCUCAUUUAAAAGCAAAAGACAGAAAUCUAAAAAAAUGAAAGCAAGUUCAGUGCUAGUAAUUUCUGGUGGCCAAGGACACAGAAGACUGAACAAGAAGACCAAGCAGCAACGACAAGAUGAAUUAGUGUCUUCAGUGAUGGUCUGGCAAAUCCCACUAUUAAAUAUCUAACUGAACUAAAUCCAAGAUUGUUUUUGCUAUUAAAAAAAAUGUGAUAUCCUUUUGUGGCUAAUGCCAACUUAGGACCCAAGCAGAUAGGCUUUAUACGCCUGGGAGCAAUUUCAGUAGGCUUGGAUCACAGGAUUAAGGGUGCAAGACAGUCUUCACAUACUUAGAACAUUCUGCAGUGUUAGAGCAUUGGAAAAUGUUUAGCUAUUGGUGCUGUCUUUGAUACUUAGGAAAAAAAAAGGAAUGUUAGGGACUUUAAAAUUGUUUUAGAAUCUCUUACCUUAUUUAUACUCACAUUUAUAAAUAUCUUAAUUAUGUUCUAUAGCACUUAGGGAAGGCAAGGAAGACAUGCCAUGUCUCAUGCUAGUUUCUGCUUGCAUAAAUCAGUUAUUUCUACUUUUUCCAAAGUGACAUAUUGCAUGAAAGAGUAGAUUUUAACAAAUUAACAAAUAUUUUUAAAUAAGUAAUCUAAUGUGAGCUAGUAUUAAUUUGGCAAGAAUUAUAAUAGUUUAAAACUUCAUUCCACAUACCAGACUUUGGUUGGAACAAAACUGGCUAAAUUAAUUAAUCAGUGUUUGUUUAUUUCAACAUAGAACAUAGAUUUUUUAAAAAAUACUAAAUUCUAAUGCUCAGUGUUAUCAGAAAUGUUGCAGUACACAAGUCACAUUAAUUUUCUUGGUAGGUGCGAUGUGUAUGCCACUUGUUUUUGUUAUACAGAAAGUUGCAGGGAUGUGAUGGCUUUGGGCAAAUAGAAAAUACAGAUACAGGACAGCUGUGCGUUGUUGUGCUGCUAACAUCCUCCCUCUGCAACUCAAUAGCAAAGUUAAACGUGGAUUGUAACAUUUUUAAGGAGGCAUGCACAUCCAGUAAAUUAAUAACAAAGUUAUUAAUUAAGUAAUUAAUUGGGAAGAUAUAUAUACUAAUAUAGGAAUAUCUAUAGCAAGUACAGGUAAUCACUGUAAGUCCUACAUUAGCUGAGUUGUGCUGUGGCCCCAGGCAAGCUUCUAUCAAAUACUGUCCCAGUGCAACAGCAGAGAUAUGGUCAUACCUGAGUGGCAAGCCCUUCUUUUCACCCAGUUUCAGCAAAGCACGGCCCUGUAAAUGGGAAUUGGGAAAGUGGGAUGCACAGCUUCAUUCCCUCAGAUGGGAAAGUUGUCACUUUGGUACUGUUAAAAGGAUGAAUUCUAAGUAGGGACCUGAUCAACAUUUUAGUCAUGAAUUUAUGUAUUUCCAAAGAAAACUUUGAAUGUGGGAUUCGUACUGAAAUUGCCUGUUGCACUAAUCUCUGCACAUAUGAAAUACAAGACAAAUGCUUCAGCUCAUAAAGACAUUGCCCGAAAUGGUGACAAGACACAUCCUUCAGUCAAAAUCUGUUUAAUGUAGGUAUCUUGUUGAACAGAGUUGCUGAGAACAUUCUUUUCCUUCCUCAGUAGAUUGAAGUACGGAGAAAUUAGAAUGAUUAAAUUUCUGUUUUGUGAAGAACUCUAAUUCUAUCCAUCAUUUUCAGUAAAAUGCAAUCUGAAGUAGAACGUUUAUCAGAUGUAUGCAUUGACUAGAAUAGAAUAAAACUUCUGGCUACAUUAUUAUCCCAGUAAGAGGGUGAUUUGCCCUGAAAUUGUUUUUGCUACUUCUAAUUCAAAGCCUUGAUUUCACUAUGUUUUGUUUCAAUCUGCCUAGUUUAAAUCACUAUCAACCAUAAGGACAGUGUUUCCCAGCAUGUGCCAUUUCAAGGAAAACCGUACUAGAAACUGAGGUAUUUUUGUUGGAUAUCAUAGUAGGGUUGGUGGUUUUAAAAUUAUGCUGAAAUUUAUUUUCUUAAUUUUGCAACAGAUCUCUGUAUGUCUAAAUUUUCAGUCUUUUCUAUCAAGAUGACCCCAAAACAGGCAUUUCAGAAUCAGCUAUGCGUCCUGAUUUCAGGGAUUUGCCCACAUCCUCCAUUGAACCCUAAUAGCAUGGAUUUCAAUGAGUCACAAAGGACACUUGUUAUAGAUGGGAUUGUAGGCUUAGGAUCUUCAUUACUGCUAUGUGCUUUUCUUCCAUGUCUUUUGCUAUGUGUCUUGCAACUUCAGUUGAGUAUUGUCAGUGUUGGCAUAGGCUUAGUGUUGGCUUGAGUCCUGGUAGGAAAAAAAAAAAAAAGGAAAAAAGCAGAGUGCCUCUAAGCCAGGCAGCUGGCAACAUUUUCCCAAACUUUUCUUCUUCUCCUCCCUGACCUACUGCUUAGGCUCCCCUGGCUUGAGAGGUCAAGGCCAGUUUCAUUUUCUAUACUCUUCCAUAGCUAUGGCCCUGGGAGCUGCUCUUUGCCCACUGUGUGGAAGUACUACAUUGUACAGUUUAAUGUAUGUAUGCUGAAAAGCAAGUUAAGAGAUUCUUCUAUGUAUAAAGCAUAUAUAAUCUAGUAUCCCUUGGCUACACUGCAGCAAAAAGACCACAGGUUUUAUUUCACAUGCUCCUUGGGCAUGGUAUUCCAUGUCCCUGCCUUCAGGACUGGAGAAUCACAUCUACUCCCUGAUGGAUCUUGAUCACUAGGGGCAGUAAGUAGAGUCCACCACACACUCAACUGGAAAUCCAUGCAUUACAGGAUCCUCUAGCAGUACUCUUGAGAGUUGUAAGGAGACAUUUAUCCUGUCAGUUGAAAUGUAAUUUUCUUCAGUUCUGUCAAUAGAACAAAUUACAAAUCUGCUCUUCUGAAAGUAUGUUGGAGUUUUGCCGGUGACUUCUGUAAGAAAAGAAUGGGUCCCUCAUUCAAUUCCCCUCUUUUGAAAAUACCUAUCUAUUUAUCUUACUAAGCUGUAAAGCAAAAGAGAAGCUGUAUGUCUGUCUUUAAAAAUACAUAUUGUCAUAAACUAGAUUUUAGGGGCAAUGUUACUUUUUGACAUGCAACUUUCUGGUAUUACCUUACUAUAAAAACAGGCAGGAACCAAAGUUUCUCUUACAGCUGACAAAUAGUCCUUAUAGCUGUUGUAGACUGUUCUGCUCGGAGGUUGGAUUUUGCUUUCUGAUACUGCUUUUCUAGAUUAAUAGAAGUUAUGAAAAUAAUAGGAGAAAAUGGGAGCAAAUGUAACCACUACGAUAUAGUCUAUAUAUGUUUUCUAACACAUAGUAGUGUAUUUUGUAACAUGAGCCAUAAAACUUGUGUAUUUAUGUUCAAAAUAUAAUUUGAGAAAAAUGUUGAAUAAAAAAUACGAUAAAAAUUAA